UAAUGAAAAUGAGUCAGAAGCAAGUAAACCGUAAGGAAAAAGAGAAAGUAAGGCUGGGAAGGAAAGAGUGAAGGAAGUAGAGGAUAAGUUAGUAACUGAAGAAGAUUGAGAAGGCAGUGAAAGCAGGAGAAUAACCAAUUAUGUCCAACUCCAAUGCUAUAGCUAACGGAGUGGCAGGAGCUGGCGCUGGAAUCAUUGCUCAGAUACUCACUUAUCCACUUCAGACGGUGAAUACGCGUCAACAAACGGAAAGAAUCGCCAAGUCCAAACCCAAACCCCCCACUGCGGCUGCUGGUACGCUUCUUCAGAUCCUCCAUGUGCUACAAACCGAAGGCUGGGGAGGACUUUACUCUGGUCUUAAGCCUUCUUUAUUUGGAACUGCUGCUUCGCAGGGCAUUUACUACUACUUUUAUCAGCUAUUCAAAAAUAAGGCUGAGGCUAUUGCUGUUGUCCGUAAGCACAAGGGACGUGGGGAUGGCACCCUUGGCAUCUUUUCUUGGCUUGUUGUAGCAGCUCUUGCAGGGUCCUUGAAUGUAUUGCUGACAAACCCAAUAUGGGUUCUUGUGACCCGUAUGCAGACUCAUACUCAAGCAGAAAGAAAAAUUAUGGAGUCCAAAAAGGAAGCUCUAUUAAAGGAGGCUUCUGAAAACGGCUUAAUAGGUUCAACACUGCAAGAAAAAUUGGAUGAGCUUGAGUCAACAAAGCCUCAUCCUUAUGGAACCAUUCAUGCGGCCCGUGAAGUUUAUACCGAAGCAGGAAUUAGAGGAUUCUGGAAAGGCAUCAUACCUACACUCAUUAUGGUCUGUAAUCCCUCAAUCCAGUUCAUGAUAUAUGAGACCUCAUUAAAGCGUCUGAAGGAAAAACGUUCUGCUAAUAAGCAUGGAUUAAAAAAUGUAUCAGCUUUGGAGGUGUUUUUAUUAGGAGCCUUGGCAAAACUUGGGGCAACUGUUACAACAUACCCACUGCUGGUCGUCAAGUCUCGGCUUCAAGCAAAACAGGAGAUUGGUGGGAAUAUAUCACUAAGAUAUUCAGGUACAGUAGAUGCAAUAAUUAAAAUGAUGAAGUAUGAGGGAUUGCCUGGCUUUUACAAGGGAAUGAGCACAAAGAUAGUACAGAGUGUUUUUGCUGCUUCUGUACUUUUCAUGUUCAAGGAGGAGAUUGUGAAAGCUUACAUAUUCCUUGUUCAUAGGAUCGGGAAAGCAAAAGUCCCAUUGAACUGAAUGUGAAAAAUUUAUUCUGUAAAGGCAGGUAAUGCUAUGUUACAGGUAAUGAAGUUCAAAGCUCUAGAGAUGGUGAAAAUUUCAAGCAAUUUAAGCUUAACAUUAAGAGAUGAAAUGAUCAAUUUAAGCAUGAUAACAAAAUUGGUUAUAAGGGUGUCUGUGUAGAGUAGCAGGACACAUAGGCUUUGAGGUUGUGAAAGUUUAGAUGAAUAUAUAGGAGUGAGAUAUUUGGCAGCAAUUAGAAAACAUUACAAAGCUCUUCCCUUCCCGAAUUACCUUGUGCCUUUUAUGUACAGCUGGUUUAAUGGCUUUGCUUAUUGCAACUGCA